AUGGAGAAGACGGCUCGCCUCUGGAGACACGCGCUUUCUGUGGGGCCCGCGUCUCCGCUUCAGUUUGCCGCUGUGGCGGCUGCUGGGAAGGCUGAAGAAGGCAGCUUCGACGCUGCCUUUGCUUUCCUCGCGAGGCUCUUGGCUGCCUUGUCCUUUUUCCCAGCGGGGGUUCGCGCAACUUGCCGCGCGCAGGCGCCUCCACCGGGAGUGUCUGGGCGGCGAGGCAGGGCGCUGACGGUUCGACGCGUUCUUCUUUUUGGAGUUGCCUGGUUGUUGGUGUUGGUUUUGCUGUCGCCCACGGCAUUUCUGCCGCCUUCCUUCUUUACGCUCUUUGCGCUUUUCUCUCCGUUUCCAUGUCGCGAAGACGGACUCCACGCAGAGCCCCCAACUGGCGUGUGCCCUGCGAGUCGCGGCGUCGCGACGCGAUUGGACGCGAAGGAAGGCAACAUGCAGUUCGGUCCGAGUGCGCGUCGGGCGUCGAGCGGAGGCGUUUUGUCGGAUCUCGGCAGGGUCUUUGUCCAGACGCGAAACGCGCGGCUGCGCGCGUGCGCUCCACCAACCGCUGCGAGCGGGUGUCUGGCGUGUGCGCGCGCACCAGGCGCGUUGAACGAUCAACGCGAUGCGUCCAGUUCGUGGCCGCGUUUGGCGUUUUCCUUUCUGCCUCGCGCGACCUUCACAGCUGCGAUUGAACGCGACAAGUUCAAGUUGAGUUGUACGCAAGCUUCAUUCUGCCACAGGUUUCUGCACUGGGUAGAUUUGUUCGCGAAGAAACUGCCUCGGGCGUCGAUCUCCGCUCCGCCUCUCUACUCCGUGGACGUGAAGAGCCUGCCGGCUGGGAGUGCGCCCCCGAGCGGCGACUCGGGGGAGGAGGCCGGGAAGGAAGGCCCUCAGGAGGAACCGCGAGAAGACGAGGGCGGAGGCCGAGGCGAGACGGGCCAGGAGGAACGCGGGCGCGGGAGUCUGCCCACGUCGCUAGGCGGGGAGAAGCAUGAGGGCGCGAACGCGCGUGAGAAGGAGAAGGAGCAGGUGAAGAAGGAGAAGGAGGGGAAGAAGAAGGCGAAGAAGGAGAAGAAGCGGAGAGGCGGGGCGCGGGCGCCUGUCACGGUGUUGAAGUUUGACGUGGUUCGUGGAAGCGACGGGCUGCGUCUUGAGGCGCGCCUCGCAGUGUUCAUGGAUGGGAUUGUCCGGCUGAAGAUGCGCGAGAAGUUGAAUGCGCAGCAGCUGCAACGCGAGGUGGAGAAGGCGCAAGGCAAGACUGAGGGAAACGCCAAGGAACCUGAAGAUGUCCACGCGAAUGUCUUCCGUCUCGACGAGAGAUUCCGCAGGUACGAGGGCUACAUUGCAGAUAUCCUCCACCUCGAAGAAGACCCCGCUGAAGGCACAGACCAAGAGGCGAAGGUGACCUACACGUGGAAUGCCACCGUGGUGGAGUUUGACGCCCAGCCGCCAAUGUCGGCAGGAGCGCGCCAUGGCUUUCCAUCAUCUUUCCAGAACGCGCGGCCGCAGAAUCGCACCCGGGACGACGCAGGACGCGCCUGCCACGCGGAGAACGUACCGGCAGAGGCAAGCUCGCCCCGCACGCCUGGGAAGCCCCGGGACGACGGCUCGCGGGAGUCGCGGCCUGCCUGGAAGACGCUAGAGGAGCGCGAGAGCUCGUCGGCGUUCGCGACGAAUCUCGAAGAGGACGGACUGCCGGUGCGCGUGGUUUUGCAGCACUCGCCGUUCGCCUUGCGACUGUACAUCCACCACAAGCUCGUGCAGGAGAUCAACGAGAAGCAGCUGCUGAACUGGGAGGCCUUCUUGCCGGUCAACAGCAAGAAGCGGACAGCGGCGGAAGCCGAGGGACGGCAACAGCUCGAGGAAAGACUGCACAAGGAUCCUGGAGAGAUGGUGCCGAAUGCGCUGGCGAAUUCGACAUCGCAUGUCCCGCCGGAGCAGCAAGAGGCAGAAGUUGCGCGAGUGGCUGAGGCCGCGAGUGCGGCGGGCGUCGACUUGCGCGAGAAACUCAAGGGUCUUCGCGGGAUCGACUGGAACAUCGGCGAGCCUCUCGGCGACGACCUCGACGAGGAACGCGAAGUGAUCAACGACAUCGUGAUGCCCCUUCUCCACGCCGGAGAGAUCCACGACGCCGUCGACCUCUACAGACAGGGCGCGAUGGAGGAAGCGUUCGACCGAUUCCUCGACAGCAAACCUUUCGGCCCAACUGCCAUCGGCGUCGACGUGACCUUCUGGGGAACUAGUCAGGUGUACGGGCUCUUCGAACACGCCGCCCCCUUCCCCCUCAAAAGCUACACCGAACCCUACAGGAUGUACAACUUGGACGUUUUCAACUACGAGCUUGACAGUCCGUUCAGCAUGUACGGCAGCAUCCCGUUUCUGCUUGCCAUUCACACGCCAGCUGCGGCGAGCGACGGUCCACCGUCGCGUCGCGGAUCGGUUUCGCGUUAUUCCGAAGACUCGGAGCGACCAACUCGCCGAGGCAGCUUUGGCGGCGGCCCUGCGACUCUGGAAGAAGAGCGCCGGCUGCGCUCUCCCCUCGUCACCGGGUUCCUUUUCCUCAAUCCGACGGAGACGUGGGUGAAGAUCAAGUACGACCAAGGCGGCGAGGAACUUCCAGAGACGUUUGCGGGGCUCAACGAGGAAGAAGAAGACGAAUUGGACGCCGUGUUGAGACGCCAAAAGCGCGCGCGGCAGAAAAGAUACCAUUCUUUCGCCUCCAGAGAGUCUCUGGACUGGGAGGCGAUCCAGCAGAAAAGAUGGAAAAACAAGUAUGAUCCUUUGCGGACGUGGUGGACUGCAGAGGGAGGCGUUUUCGACGUCCUCAUGUUUCUGGGGCCCACUCCGCAAGAUGUUCACCGACAAUACCACAUGGCCACGGGUUUACCGGCGAUGGCGCCUCUCUUUGCUCUCGGCAAGCACCAGUGUAGAUGGAACUACAACGACCAGGAAGACGUCCUCAGCGUCGAUCGCGGUUUUGACGAGCACAACAUCCCCUACGACGUGAUUUGGAUAGACAUCGAACACACGCUGGAGAAACGGUACUUCACGUGGGAUCCGAAAACCUUUCCUUCGCCUCAAAAGAUGAUUGAAGAGAUCGCAGCAAAAGGCCGAAAAGUCGUCACCAUCGUGGAUCCUCACCUCAAGGCCGUCCCAGACUACUACGUCUACCGAGAAGCGCUCGACAAGAGUUUACUCGUCCGAAAUCCGUCGGGGGGGAUUUUCCACGGUCACUGCUGGUCAGGCGAUUCUGCUUACGCCGACUUCCUGGAUCCGAAGACGCGAGAGUGGUGGGCGGAACUGUUCAGCUACGACCGCUACAAGCAUUCGACUCCGGAUCUCUGGAUCUGGAACGACAUGAACGAACCGUCUGUAUUUAGCGGUCCCGAACUGUCGAUGCCCAAAGACUUGCUCCACAUGAACGGGUUCGUGGAGCAUCGAGAGAUCCAUAACAUGUAUGGCCACUACCAUCAUCGCAGCACGUACGAGGGUCUCCUGCGGCGUGGACAGGGGAAACAGAGACCGUUCCUUCUUACCAGGUCGACAUAUGUGGGCUCGCACCGUUUCGGAUUCGUUUGGACUGGCGACAAUCGAGCAGAGUGGACGCACUUGGCGGCUUCGAUUCCGAUGAUCCUCAGCGCAUCCGUCUGUGGAAUGUCCGCGAUUGGUGCCGACGUGGAUGGGUUCUUCGCCGAUCCGUCUGAAGAGUUGCACAUUCGCUGGCAACAGACAGGAAUUUUUUAUCCUUUCUACCGCGCACAUGCGCACAUGGACACAAAGAGACGCGAGCCGUGGCUCUUCAGCAAGACGUCGGUCGACCUCGUCAGAGAGGCCGUUCUGGUUCGGUACACACUGUUUGCAGAAUACGCGCUGAAGGGUGACCCGGUCGUCCGCCCUCUUUGGUGGCUUUCGCCGCUUUCUUCGCGUUUCCUGCAGGAGCAACAGGCGUUCUUGGUGGGCUCCGACCUCUCCGUACACCCCGUGUUGCGGCCGAUGGAGGAAGACCAAAAAGACGGAUUCGAAAUGGACAUUGUCCUCCCUCGAGAUGACGACAACGUCUGGAUCGACUUCUUCUCGGGCAUGCCGUUCUUCCCCUCUUCCUCGGACGAAGACACGACGGUGAAGUACGGGGUAACCAUGAGAAACAUUCCCGUCUUUGUUCGCGGCGGAACGAUUCUGCUAACCAAAGAGAGACUCAAACGAUCUUCGAUGAACAUGCAUCACUCUCCCUACACGGUUCACAUUUACCCGUCUGCUGCCGACGCUGAGUGGGUUGGAGGGGGCGUAGCCACGGGGCGCGUCUACGUGGACGACUACAACUCUUUCGAUUAUCGUCAGGGAAAGUUCGUUUACGAAGGCUUUGUGUAUUACCCAGAGGCGCGCCAAGAAGGCCCUGUAGAGCCGGGCGCAGACACUUCUGGAAGCGCGAGAAACACGUGGAUUUUACGCUCGCAGUCUCUGCCUCUCCAGGUCGACGAUUCCGGCGAGCCUCUCACCGGCCAGCUCAGCGACUUCCCUCACCGAGAAAUUGAGAGGAUCGUUUUGUGGGCCGUUGCGUCGCCUCCCACGCGCGUCGUUGUGAGUCGCGAAGGCCCUCCGCGCGUCGAGGAGGAGACGAAGCUCACCGAGGAAGAAGUGGAAGGCAGCCAGCAGGAGGAAGAAGUUCUCUUCUCGUCCGAGAAGAUAGAGGCGGCGCACCACGUCUCGCAGACGCAGCGGCUCGGUGGAAAAACCUUCUACAGAGUCGACGUGAAACUGCCGAGAGUCGAAGUGGGGAGGAACGACUGGCAUGUGGAAUUCACCUUCUAG